UCUGUUAUAUUUCUUGUAACACAUAUUCGAAUUUGAAAUAGCAAAAUCAUUCGAAGAGAAUUGGUUCUUUAGGUAGUAAAUUAUCUGAUUUAUCUGAUGCACGUAAUUAAUGUUAACGUAGCUAUUCAACGAAUGCGUUUACUCGAUCGGAGACGAAAAUGUCAAAGCAGCACGUGUUUUUUCUUUUUUAGUAGUUAUGUAGCGCGUAAAGAUGAGGAUAUUAUAUACUACGUGUAAGUUUCAAGAGUGUAAAAGAUAACAAAAUUAUAGUGUUCUUAUUAAUAUCAAAUAGACUUUACUUUCGCAACGUUUGAAAAUUUAAAGUUUAUUGUUAGUUAUAAGAGUAUAUGUAAUGUUAAAUAAGCCGAUGAUAACUCGAUAUUUCCAUUGAUCGAUCAAAUUGAUCGAGGAAUGUAUUAUACGGUCUUCGAAGUAGUUGUAUUGCGAUUGUUAGAGACGAGUGAAAAUAGCCGGUCUGGAAGAGAUCCGCGUGAUUAAGCGCGAUGAAGCAGAUACUCGUCAUAUAAGGCAUGCCUUCGUAUAGGCAGCCGUCAGUUUGAAAGUGUGAGCUGUCGCGUGUGGAACCGGUACAACGCCGCGCACAAGAGAUCGACAUGUGGUGGAGACUUCGUUUUGUGCUGAUCACAUUGCUCGCCGUUUCCGCAAAUACCGCAGCGGAGAAAGGAAAAUCUGGAGAAGUUCCUUGUAUAGAUGACAAGUUCUAUCGUAAUCCUAAUGCACCAUCGCACAGCGUCUGGUCACCUACAGAAUGUGCUAAAUAUUUUCUCUGCUUAGAUGACGAAGUGUUCGAAUUCAAGUGCUCGCAAGGACUUCUUUUCGAUGUCUCCAGGCAGAUCUGUGAUUUUAAGACAAACGUCGAUAAUUGCGACGUAACUUCAGAUGCCCAACCGGCAAAGCCGCUGCUCAAGGAUGGCGAGUGUGACGAGGACACGUUGGCUUGCGGAGAUGGCACGUGUCUUCCGGCUCUAUAUUUUUGCGAUGGGAGUGUCGAUUGUCCCGAUGGUUCCGACGAAGGAUGGUGCGACAUGCGACAUGAUAUCAAUGCCGCGCCAGUUUGCGACACGCAGAAAUGCCAGUUACCAACGUGUUGGUGUUCUAAGGAAGGGACUCUUAUUCCAGGAAAUCUUACAGCACUAGCCACUCCACAAAUGAUAACAAUCACUUUCGACGACGCUGUAAAUGCUGAAAAUUUCCAACUCUAUUCAAAAAUUUUUACGGAUGACAGAAAAAAUCCCACGGGCUGUCCUAUAAAAGGUACUUUCUAUAUUAGUCAUCAAUACACGAAUUACAGGGAUGUGCAAUAUUUAUGGAAUGCCGGUCACGAAAUAGCCGCACAUUCCGUUACACAUCGUGGACCGGAAGAAUGGUGGUCGAAGAAUGCGACGAUUGAGGACUGGUUCGACGAGAUGGUCGGAAUAGCGAACAUCAUUAAGAAAUAUGCAGCGGUUCGUAUCGCCGAUAUCAAAGGGGUAAGGGCGCCUUUUCUACAGGUCGGGUGGAAUCGCCAGUUUCUGAUGAUGUCUGAGUUUGGCUUUGUUUACGAUUCCUCAAUCGUUGCACCAUUUUCCGAUCCACCCUUUUGGCCCUACACGCUUGACUACAGGCCACCGCAUCCGUGCGUCCGUGCAGGACAACUCUGCCCUACUCGUUCUUAUCCGGGUAUCUGGGAACUACCUCUAAAUCAACUUUUGGCAAAUGAUUACACGUGCAGCACUGUGGAUUCAUGUCCCCCUGACUUAUCUGGCGAAGAAGUUUAUAAGAUGCUCAUGCUGAAUUUUAAAAGACAUUAUCUCACUAAUCGCGCACCUUUCGGUCUACAUUUUCAUGCAUCGUGGUUUCAAAAUCCAAUGUAUUUUUAUGCAUUCAAUAAAUUCAUCGACGAUCUACUUCGGCUAGACGACGUGUUUUUCAUCACGAGUACGCAGAUUGUGGAAUGGAUGCGCAGACCAACACCCCUGAGUGAAAUUGAAAAGUUUGCACCGUGGCAGUGCGCGAAGCGACAUUUUGAACCGUAUGAGAUGGCCUGUGACUUGCCAAAUAGUUGCAAAUUAUCCAGUAAAGUGCUCAAAUCAUAUAGGUAUUUACAUACAUGUUUUGAAUGUCCGAAACAAUAUCCAUGGCUGAGAAAUGAAUUCGGGAUUGAAUAAAAAUAGUAAAAGCGACCUAUAGGA